AUGGCGGACGACAUCCACCCCACCACAUCGUCUUCGCGAAACCACAAUCUUCACAAGUCGCAGUUUGAGCUCCGCUCGCAGCCCAGCUCGGCCUUUGACGACAAUGGCAAAGCGGGGUCGUCCAUACUCUGGGCCGACAACGAUGGAGACGAGCGCGAGCACGUCCAAACCGGCAUCAAAGAGGUGGAAGCCAUUACACAGACCUGGACGGUAAACGCGUUGGUGAUAUCUUACCUCAUGAUUCUCAUGGUUUUCUUCGUGGAUUCCCUAGAGCAGCAGAUCUCGAACAGCCUGCUACCUUACGUCUACAGCGACUUCAAGGCACACUCGCUCGUCACGACCGCCUCCAUCAUGUCGUCCAUCAUCGGUGCCGUCGUCAAACUGCCCAUUGCAAAGAUGAUCGACAUCUGGGGCCGGCCACAGGGCUACGUUGUUAUGAUUGUAACGGCGACGAUUGGCCUCGUCCUACUUGCUGUCUGCAAGAAUGUCGAAACAUACGCCGCAGCGCAGGUCUUCUACUGGGUCGGCUUCAACGGCAUCGGCUACGUGCUUGAUGUCUUCAUCGCCGACACGUCCGCCCUGCGCAAUCGCGGUCUCAUCUUCGCUUUCACGACCACGCCUUACAUUGUCACCACCUUCGCAGGCCCUGCAGCGGCGCAGACUUUCCUCAACCGAGGCCCCGAAGGCUGGCGCUGGGGCUACGGCGUCUUCACCAUCGUCAUUCCAGUCGUCACGACGCCCGUCGCCCUGAUAUUCUUGAUCAACAGGAAAAAGGCGGUAAAGGAAGGAAAGAUCGAGCCGCAAAGCUGGUGGGAGGACGACAAGCGAAGCUUUCUGCAGAGCGUGCAACAUUAUUUCGUCGAGUUUGACGUCAUCGGCAUGCUUCUCAUUUGCGCGGGGUUUGCGUUGCUGAUCCUGCCGCUCACGCUGGCAGCAUACCAAAUGAACCAGUGGCGCUCCGCGUCGAUCAUCUGCAUGCUGAUCUUCGGGGGGCUGUCUCUAGUCGGCUUUUACGUCUGGGAGAAGUGGUGGGCGCCGGUGCGGUUCCUGCCCUUCCACCUGCUGACGGACCGAACCAUACUGGGCGCGUGCUGCUGCUCGUCGGUCGUGUUCGUUGCGUACUACUGCUGGGACUACUACUUCACCUCCUACCUCCAAGUCGUGCACAAGCUCGACGUCUCCAAGGCCGGCUAUGUCGGCAACAUCUACAACGUCGGUUCCUGCUUCUGGGCCGUCAUCGUCGGACUCGCCAUCCGCCAAACCAACCGCUUCAAAUGGUGCGCCAUGAUCGCCAUCCCCUGGAUGAUACUCGGCACGGGCCUCAUGUGCCACUUCCGGUCCGACGGCUGGCCCGUCGGCUACGUCGUCAUGUGCCAGAUCUUCAUCGCCUUCUCGGGCGGCACCGCCGUCAUCUGCGAGGAAAUCGCCGUCAUGUCCGCCGUCGCCCACGCCGCCAACGCCGAGACUUCCGGCUCCGGCGUCGCCGUCGUGCUCGCCCUGCUCUCGCUCUUCUACGGCAUCGGCUCCGCCGUCGGGCUCGGCGUCAGCGGCGCGAUUUGGACGAAUGUUUUUCCGGAGAAGUUGAGGGAGUUCUUGCCGGAGGGGAGCAAGGGGGACGUGGAGAGGUUGUAUGGGAGUUUGGUGGAGCAGUUGGCGGAGCCGGUCGGGAGCGAGGUCCGGGUUGCGGUCGAGAAGGCGUAUUGUGUCGCCCAGGAGCGCAUGUGCAUCGCGGCGACGUGUAUUUUGGUGUUGGCGAUCCCGUGCGUGCUGGUGUGGAAGAAUUAUAAUUUGAAGGAUGUGAGGCAGGCGAAGGGGACGGUGGCUUGA